UGCCGCUUCAUCUUCCAUGCAAUUCUCGCCCAUUCAUGUUAUCAAAAAAAAAUUAUCGCCCCUUCAUUCCUCGUUAUACGUCUUUGAAACAAACUCCAUAACCUAUAAUUCCCUGCCCUCUCCCGUGCGUUUUCCCCUCACUUUCCCAGAAAAUUUCCCAUUUUCUUUCUCCCUCACUCUUCCAAUGAUCUGCAUGCUUGUCCUUUUUCGGAGCUUAAACCGUUGAUUUGUGUUUCCCAGUCACUAGGAGCCAAUCCAUUUAAAACAUUGAAUCCCUCUUCUUCUGAGGUUUAGGCGUGGGGAUUUGGGAUUGUAGGGUAAUAGAAGAGGGCGUUUCUACUUUUCAAUAGGUUCUCACUGCCUUCUUUUGAGGGGGUAGCCGGGGCCUCGGCCUCGGCGGGUUUUAAAGCCCCCACCUUCACAAACCAACUAGAACAACAAUUAUUUCAACCGAAACCCUAACAAUAUUUGUUUUUCUCCAUUUUUUGGUUCUCAAUUCUUAACUGCUGAGAUCUUCGAGAUAAGAGAUGCCGGCCAUGGCGUAUUGCGUGGACGCUGCUGCAGCUAGAUUUUCUCCCGGCUACGCUGUUGCCAUUCCGGUGGCAGGUAAUCCUCUUCCUGCGCCGGUACCACUUUCCGGCGUACCUCCAGCAACCAACAACGUGGAGGUAUCCCAUUGGUCACCUUCCCUCUCUGCCGCAAUAUAUAAGAUCGAUGGCUGGGGCGCGCCUUACUUCUCGGUGAACGCAGCCGGGAACGUCUCGGUGCGUCCAUUCGGAGCGACCACUCUGGCGCACCAGGAGAUCGAUUUACUGAAAAUUGUGAGGAAGGUCUCUGAUCCGAAGUCGUCCGGUGGGCUUGGGUUGCAGAUGCCCCUGAUUGUUCGCUUGCCCGACGUGCUCAAGAGCCGGCUUGAGUCCCUCCAGUCAGCUUUUGAUCUCGCGGUACAGUCCCAAGGGUACAAGGCUCAUUACCAGGGCGUCUACCCGGUGAAAUGCAAUCAGGACCGGUUUGUUGUGGAAGACAUAGUGAGGUUCGGGUCCCCUUUUCGGUUUGGUUUGGAGGCUGGGUCGAAACCUGAGCUCCUUUUGGCGAUGAGCUGUUUGUGCAAAGGUAGCCCGGAGGCUUUUCUGAUUUGCAAUGGUUUCAAGGACGCGGAGUACAUUUCGCUAGCUUUGUUCGCUAGAAAGCUCUCUUUGAAUACUGUGAUUGUACUUGAGCAAGAAGAGGAGCUCGAUUUGGUGAUUAAUCUUAGCAAGAAGUUUUGUGUUCGACCUGUGAUUGGCGUGAGGGCAAAGCUGAGGACGAAGCAUUCGGGCCAUUUCGGAUCGACCUCGGGCGAGAAAGGCAAAUUCGGGCUAACAACGACUCAGAUUUUGCGCGUGGUGAGGAAGCUUAAAGAGGUCGACAUGCUCGAUUCCCUGCAAUUGCUGCAUUUCCAUAUUGGCUCUCAGAUACCUUCGACCUCUUUACUGACCGAUGGUGUGAGCGAAGCCGCACAGAUCUACUGCGAAUUAGUCCGCCUUGGCGCCCACAUGCAAGUCAUCGACAUUGGAGGCGGACUAGGUAUCGAUUACGAUGGUUCCAAAUCCAGCGAGUCCGAUAUAUCAGUUGGUUAUAGUCUCGAAGAUUAUGCUGCAGCUGUAGUUCAAGCAGUUCGGCUUGUUUGCGACCGUAGGUGUAUCAAGCACCCGAUUAUAUGCAGCGAAAGCGGCCGAGCUAUUGUAUCCCAUCACUCCGUGCUGAUCUUUGAAGCGGUUUCAGCGAGUGCAUAUGAGUCUCCAUCGAUAACUUCUUUUGGGUUGGAGAAUUUCAUUGAGGGACUUCCAGAUGAAGCUCGUGCUGAUUAUAGGAAUUUGUCAGAUGCAGCAAUCAAGGGCGAGUAUGAGACAUGUUUGCUCUAUGCUGAUCAGUUGAAGCAACGCUGCGUCAAUCAGUUCAAGGAAGGAUCUUUGGGGAUGGAGCAACUCGCAGCCGUUGAUGGGGUUUGUGAUGUGGUAUCAAAGGCAAUAGGGGCAGCCGAUCCAGUCCGUACCUACCAUGUGAAUCUAUCUGUUUUCACCUCAAUCCCUGAUUUUUGGGGCAUUGGCCAGCUUUUUCCAAUAGUCCCCAUUCAUCGUCUCGAUCAAAGGCCGUCUGUGAGGGGGAUUCUGUCGGAUUUAACUUGUGACAGCGAUGGUAAGAUUGACAAGUUCAUAGGGGGCGAGUGGAGUUUGCCGCUCCAUGAGCUGGAAGGCGAUGGGCGGUACUACUUGGGAAUGUUCUUGGGAGGGGCUUAUGAGGAGGCCAUCGGUGGGCUCCAUAACCUAUUUGGUGGGCCGAGCGUUGUCCGGGUAUCUCAGAGCGACGGCCCGCACAGCUUCGUAGUAACACGCGCAGUGCCGGGUCCAUCGUGUGGCGACGUCCUCAGGAUAAUGCAGCACGAGCCGGAACUCAUGUUCGAGGCGCUCAAACACCGCGCAGAGGAGUGCAUUGAUGGCAGCAGCAUUGCCGCCAAUGCUGCUCUGGCUAGCAGUCUGGACCGUUCAUUCCACAACAUGCCUUAUCUGGUGGUUGGAGCCUCUUCUUCUUGCAGCUUGACUGCGAUCAAUAACGGCGGCUUUUACUAUUGCAGUGAGGAUGAAUACAAUGCUGUUGCUGCUGAUUCUGCUGCCGCUGAGGACGAGCAGUGGUCUUAUUGUGUUGCUUGAGAUUCUGUUUCAAGUCUUUUGCUAGUGCUAUCUAUCACCUUCGAGUCGUUGUUUGGAUGUGCACUAGGUCGUCGUUGUCUAUUUUAAAUUUCUUUAAUGUUUCUUUUUAAUUCCAUGAAAGAGCAAAGGAUUAGAAGAAAGUAGUAGAAAGCUCCUUUGGCUGUAGUGGUGAAGAGAGGGAGGAGGGGGAUGAGAGCCGAAUCCACCCUCUUUUGUAAAAAAAAAUUCACUGCUUUAGUAGUUUAACAGGUAUUUUCGGUGGUUCUUCA